CUACCACCAUCAUCACCAUCACCACCGCCACCACCGUGUCGCCGGAAGUUCACGACCAUAAGAAACAACAGAUCACAAGGGGCGCUCCUCUCCAUUCAGAUAUAAUCUCUCAGCAAACUACUCUUCCGCUAUAUACCAUCACCACCUCCACCAUCUAUAGGAGCCCACGAUCUCAAGCUCUAUGCCAACAUGACCUUAUCCGACUCUCCCAUUCGACGGAAACCCGUCGCUCCUCCGUCGCCGACAGGAGCCGACAAUAAGGAAGAGCCGACUUGGGACGCCAACUACAACGAGAAGCCAAUAGUACUGAAUCGCAAGGGGAAGGGAAAAGAGAAAGCAACAGUUUCGGCGUUUGAUCGGUUGCCUCGGGAGAUAAUUCAAGAGAUUCUUUACACGGCAGAUCCGAAUACCUUCGAUUCGCUGACGCUGAUCAACUCGAAGUGGCAUCACGCUUCGCGGAAUGUGCUGCUCUACACGCACCAGCUAGCGCGAUGUGGGAUCACGAACGUGCCCGAAGCUAAAGGCAAAGGUGGUGACGACGAUAGCAACGACGAGACUCUUCAGAACUUGAUCCGUCUCUUCAACGAGGUCGGCCGGCGCGAGCUGUUCGAGACGGUGUUGCGCCCUAGCGUAACCGAAAUUCAGCUCAUCUACUCGGCAUCGUCAUCAGCCGCGGCAUGUCCUGGGGGUGAAGCGUUCCGUUUCGAGUUUUCGCCGAAGGGAACGCAGCUACUUGCGCUGCUUUCGAGUCGUAUCUUCGUUGUCGAUCUGUCGCAGCGGGAGAUUAAGGUCGGUCGCGAACUUAAAAUAUCCAGGAGGCCUGUGUCAGCUGCGAUCUUGGAUGACGGGAGUAUCCUUGCUGUGCUGAGCUCGAAUCAAAACGUCACCCUGUACGACCUCACCAAGCCAACCGCAAAGAUCAUCAAGAGCUUCCCGCUGGAUAACGAGCCAAGGACGAUCGCGUUGUCGCCGGGCGCGGAGGUGCUGGGCGCGGCGUUUGCGGGUGGGAUCGAGGUGUACUCGCUGCACCCCGAUGCGGGUCCUAACGAUCGUCGGGCGGUGAACUGUGACACCGUUGACACGCUGGCAUUCUCGCCGGAUGGCACGAUAUUGCUCGGUACUACGUUGAACCCGAAGAAUCCGACGACUGUUAUUGUGUCUGCGCAACACUUUUCGACGGAUAUGCCGGUGGAAGGGUUGGCGCAGCUGUGGACCACGCAGGUUCUCUUCCCACGCAGCUCGAGGGAUAGUUCGCAUGCGAGUUUGUUGCCGGGCGAUGAGGACGAAGAGGGCGCCACUUGGACUUUCACCUACGACCGCGUGUACGAGACGUUCCGCGCGGUCAGGGUAGACGACUUGAGGAACGGUCAUUCGUACUUUGCUGGGCCGAAUAAUGCUAACCGGAGUGUCAUACCCCCGGCGACAUUGCCUUCUUCGACAAAGGAUGGAAGUUUGGUUGCAGCUGGUUUCGAAGGCGGGCGGGUCUGGGUCUUUGGUAUUCCGGAAAAACUUGAUCUCCCUGCCGACUACAUGUACAACGACUUCAACGGUGGAAGCGCAGUCAGCACUCCGGAGAGGAGCAACAGCACUGCGAGUAGGAGCGGUACCAGGGAACGAGUGCGUUCCAUCGUCGUGCCGCAGUGGCAAGUGCUCUGCGACAAGAUGCGGAACGUGUUUAUCCGCGGACGCGAGGUUGGACAGGUCAACGGGUUAUCGGGUGUCAAGUUCGUCAUGAGCGUCGACGGGUCCGAGCGAUUGGUUGCUGUCGCAGGUGGAGGAGUGGACGAUGCGAUGGGAGAGUGCAGUGAGGAGGAGUUCUUCGCUAUUGGGGGUGGCAGGGUCACAGUCUACGAUUUCACUCGGGGUCCCAGAGUCGGCUCGAAGGUGGUGAUUCCCAUCGAGGUUGGAGAUGGUGUGCAGGGUCCGGUCGAAACAUUGGUGGAGGAGCAAAGGGAUCUCGAGGUGGAAGUCGACAUCGUCCGGAGACGUACCGUUGCCAACCGAAGGAAUGCAGCGUCGAGGCAGAAUUCGUUCCCAACAGACGCACCCCCUGUUCCGACGACGAGGAGGCAAGCUCCGGGCUCAAGUGGAGGUACCAGUACGAGGACCAGGCCCGUCAGCCCACUUGCCCGCGCCUCCGUAGCUGCAGAUGAUACCGAUGAGGCUAUCGAUGUUCCAUACGUUCAGGGUGCUCCGCGAUCCAGGAAUGUGCUGCAGCGUGCUGCCACCGUCGCCCGCAGAACACCACAAACUGCAGACGACAGCAGGUACGCGCGUGCGGUAGGCCCUGACGGCCGGCCAAGUCCAGUUGUCCGUCAGCGCGCCCCACCAGACGAGAGAUGGGAUCCCCCGCCACCACCUUACACUCCCAGGAACCACAACCCGGCCCCGCUACCUCCGCAGCUGCUUUGGAGUCUUCAAGGCCCACCACGACACCCAGAAGUUCACAUGCCUGCGCCGCCGGAGUCGCCACCACAGCAGCAAGGCGCUUUCCCGUUGGUUCCGCCGCAGGCGGAAGGACUCGAGAGAGCUAGGACUACCAUUGGGGGUAUCGUGCGGCGCGGCAGUCUCUUCAGGCUUGCAACUGGUAGCAGCAGCAACAUCUUAGCUUCCCAUUCUGCGCCCGUUUCUCCAGCCGUCGAAGGAAUGCCAGCCCCGAACCUUCCGCAGCAGCACCACCACAACCUACCAUUUCUCGGUAUUCCAGGAAACCAAGGUCCCCAACCGCCUCGACAGCACCGUAGCGUCUCGGACCAGCGCACCACACGGUACGACAUCCCACCGGUCCCCAUGAUUCCACAAGAACACUACGCACCCAGCCAUCCUGCCGUGCCCCACACUCCCUGGGCCCACUAUUCCCCGCAGCAAGCUGUAGAGCACUACGCGCCGGCCUCCCACGGGCCACCACGGCGACCCUCCUCCCCUCCCGGCUCCAUCCGUUCCCAGCACUUCCCGCAGCAACCGCAACAACCGCAACAACCGCAACAAUACCACCAACCGCCGCCACCACAAGAAUACCUGCACGCCCCCGCCGCGCCGUCCAACCACCGCAGCACGAGCCCCCGCCGCAACCGGAGCACGCGUCGCGGCACAACCCUGCGCGAAACCUACGCCACGCCCGAGCAACAAGCGUCGCAGCUCGUUCCGCCGCCAAUCCCGAGUCCCCGCACCGUUUCCCCCGGGAACGCAAAUAACAGCGUCAUCGUCAGUCGCAGCGGCAGCGUGAGCGUCAUGCGGAGGCCCAGCCGCGCAAGCAGGAGUGCGCAGGUCAAUGUGCGCGAGGCCAAGAGGAAGCGCGAGGAGAAGAAGAAUAAAAAUGGAGCGGGUGGCGGGAAGGGCGCUGGCGGGGGAAAGGAUAAGGGUGCUUGUGUUAUCAUGUAGUUGAUCUUGAUUAAUGUUUUCGUUUUUGGUUUUUUGGUUUUUUGGUUUUGUGGUUUUGGUUUUGAAUUUUGGUUUUUGGUUUUGGUUUUGUUUAUCUACACGGGAGUUCGGGAUUUGGGUGGCUUGGAUGGGAUAUACCUAGGACGUUCGCUUUCGGAAUUUAGUUGGUACUACCGUACUGGGACGUGGAUUACGAGAUUUGAAUUUGGAAUUUGGAAU